AUGAAAAUAUUGUUGCUCUUUGUAUGUUUUGUGUUUGCUCAAGCUGAGUGCUACUAUUAUCAACUGGGGGCUUAGCAUUACUGUCAAGAAUGCUGCUACUGGUAUGACGGAGAAUGGUUCUGCGAAACCUAUUAAUAUUGCUACACUUUUAUUGCCAUCACAAUAUCGAUCUGGAUUGCCAUCUGUCUAAUAUAUACUAGCAUCUAUUUUUAUGUUCGAAAUAAGACGAUGCGGAGAAUAGCUAUGAUCCACAAUAGAUCAGCUCAAGCCCAGAGAGAAAAUAGUGCUAUUAACAGUUCAAAAAGAAAUGAAAUACCUAAUGCGACUAUCGAAGUGGGAGUGAUGGAUGUUCAAAUAUCGAAUGAUUAAUUAUGA